AAAAUACAUCGCUCAUCUAACAAACCAACAUGAAAGCCGUAAUCGUCUUCAGUGCUUUGGUCGCCGUAGUGGUUUGCGCUCCACAGGGGUUGGACAAAGACGCCACCAUCCUGAGGAACGAGCUCGACAACAUCGGAGUUGACGGCUUCAAUUGGGCAUACGAAACUAGCAAUGGAAUUUCCGCUCAAGAGCAAGGACAGUUGAUAAACGCCGGGACUGAGAACGAGUCUAUUGCUGUUCGUGGAUCCUACAGGUACAUUGGUCCUGAUGGCGUAACCUACGAGGUCACCUAUGUGGCCGACGACAACGGUUUCCAACCGCAGGGCGCCCACCUUCCAGUUGCCCCCUAAUUUUGUUUAGACUGUGUUUUUAUUAUAAAAUUAAGAAAAUUUAAAAAAAAAUUAAUAAAUAAAAUAUUUUUUUG